AUUGACGAAUUUGACGAAGAAUUAAAGCAUAUGUCAGGAAAGUGUAUGGAUGUCGGUUGCGGCCCCGGUAGCACUACAAGAUAUAUGCUUCUACUCGCACUCGAUCCAAAAGCGGUACUCAUUGGUACGGAUAUUUCAGAAAUCAUGAUCACACAUGCCAAUGAAGUAUAUGGUGUCGAAGAAAGAUUGAAAUUUGAAAUACUAGAUAUUGAAACAAAACAUUCACCUGAAAAAUAUCUUACCAAAUACGAUUAUGUUUUCUUAUUUCAUACGACAAUCGACCCAAGCAGUAGUGACCGCGAUAGCACGUAG